AUGGAGACUACUCCAUUUCCCAACAGCUUCGGCAGUGGCCAUUUCGGCGAUGGCAGCAUUGAAGAUUUUACGGCCAAUGAAGAUCGUCCCCAAGGACACAAAAGAAGUUCGUCAGGUGGCAUACUUUCCAAGUUGUCAUUUCUACGAGCCAGUGCCGACGAUAACCAGAGUCACACAGACCUGACUCCACAAAGUCCUGAGUCCAUACCUGGUGAUGACCGGACAUCGCCCAAGAAAAGUAGCCGAGCAAUGGCAGUUGCAGUUCAGCAACAGAAGACAAGAAGAAGAAAAGGAUCCCUGAGAAAAGCCGCAUUACUUGGGCGAGGUGCACAACGAGAGAAGAAAGAGGUCAGACCAUCCCCUCCUGAGACUGCCCAUCAUGCCAAUUACCAUGGAAAUGCUCCACCAAAUUCGGCUUCUGCAAAGGAACUGUUACCUACCGCCUUCGCAUCAGGUGUUUCGGAGGCAACACCUCGUCCUUCAAUGCAAGGAUACGCUACUGGUGCCAGUCGUAUUCUAACUCCCAUCAAUACACAUCCGUUGGGUACAGAGGAUCAAUUGGUCAUCUCACCUACGUCGGCGGCGGCAUAUACCUCUACUACCGACGAGGAAGAUAUCCUCAGUAUUUCAAGCCAUAAUCCCCCUCCACUUCGAGGAGGACCUUCAGCCUCAUUGAGGUCCGACUCGUAUUUCCCUUCUGGCCUCUUGGCUAGGUCCCGCCCAUCCAAAAAACCCAAAUCACCUUUGUCCAUUGGAGGGCUUGCCGCCAGUCCUCUGCCUGUGGCGGAUGAGGAGUGGGACUAUUCAGAAACAGAGUGGUGGGGAUGGGUAGUGCUCAUUGUAACAUGGGUUGUUUUCGUGACAGGUAUGGGUUCCUGUCUAGGCGUUUGGAGUUGGGCGUGGGAUGUUGGAGAAACUCCCUACGCGCCGCCCGAGUUAGAAGAUGAUCCGACGCUACCCAUCGUGGGCUAUUAUCCUGCGUUAAUCAUCCUGACGGCUGUGAUGGCUUGGGUAUGGGUUGUUGUAGCAUGGGUUGGGAUGAAGUAUUUUCGGCAUGCCAAGAUCAGUGGUGAUUGA